GAGACAUUAUUGAACCCUUGCGAGGAACGCCAGCCGCACGUCGAUAUUCAUAGGCGUUUGGGCAGAAUUUCUGAUCAAAUCUGGGUUUGCUUACACAAAACUCUUUAAAAACAGAUAGGAACUGAAAGGCGAGGAUUGUUUAGUUUGUCAGUAAACUUACGAUCCUUAUCAAAUCAAGACCUCCAAGGAGCUGAAUUGGAAACCUGCAUCACUGUCCGUUGUUGAACGAAGGUGACGCAUUAACAAGAGUGCUCCGUCAUGGAGUCGCUUGCUUCAAUCCUUGUUCUGCUUCUUUGCACAGGUGCUUUUGCACAAAAUGUUGGCAAUUGUAAUUUUGAAAAUCCAUCUGGAUUAUGCGGCUACACACAAGAUACGACGGAUGAUCUUGAUUGGUCGAGGUACAACGGAGGAACUGGCUCUACUGGGACAGGACCUAGCAGUGACCAUACCACAAUAACUGGUUUCACGGUUCCAGUUUACACGAAACUUUCAAAGCAGCCGGGGGGAGCGACGGCACUUGGACAAAAAUGCGUUUUUCCAUUCACUUACCGCUCCAAAACAUACACCAAAUGUACGACUGCCCGUCACACGGCGCUAUGGUGUUCAACGACGAGCGUCUACAGCGGCAAGUGGGGAAACUGCCAAGCAAAGGGUUGGUACGUUUACCUCGAAGCGACUGGGAAACAACCAAAUCAAGUUGCUCGACUUCUUGGUCCGUCGCUGCCCGCCACGACAGGUUCCUGCAUUAAAUUCUGGACGCACAUGUGGGGACCUCAUAUCGGGGCUUUGAAUGUCACAAUGAAUAGCAGCUCAUCGAAUUUGCUGGUAUGGAGUAAAUCUGGGACGCAGGGUAACCAAUGGACCCAAAGAAAAAUCGAUGUGAACUCGACCACACCCUAUAAUAUAAUUUUCUCUGCCAGUCGCGGUAUUGGAUACAGAGGCGAUAUUGCUAUUGAUGACAUUGAAGUUACCAAAGGAUCUUGUUCGUAUGACCCCAACUUAUGUACGUUCGAAAAUGAUUGGUGUGGGUACAAAUAUAUUGGCAGAUGGAUUCGUAGACGAGGCAGAACACCAAGUUCUUCAACAGGACCUUCUGUCGAUCACACAACAGGAAGUUCAUCUGGUUAUUACAUCUUCUAUGAAACGUCUGGUGGAAGGAUAAAUGACACGGCAAUCGUUCAGAAAAACUUCACAGCAAAUGGUCUUCAGUCCUGCCUUCAAUUUUGGUAUCAUAUGUAUGGCACAAAUAUAAACACGUUGAAUGUUUACACAAUUAAAAAUGGCAACCGUUUAAGGAUCUGGACUCGGUCAUUCAACCAAGGCAACAAGUGGUACAAAGCCGAAGCAACCGUCAAUAUAACGAGCGGAACAUAUACUCUGAUGUUCGAAGGUAUUCGAGGUAGUUCAUUUCGUGGAGACAUCGCGUUAGACGACAUAAGACUGUCACCCGGUGAAUGUGUUCUUCCUGGGGACUGUGAUUUCCAAACUAGUCUAACAACGUCUGAUUGUUUGUGGAACAAUGUUAAACAAGGCGAUGAUUUUGAUUGGAUUGCUAAAUCUGGUGGAACAACCAGUUCCUUCACUGGUCCAAGUGCUGAUAGAAAAGGAACCUCGUUCGGCCAAUAUUUGUUCAUUGAAACGUCUAGUCCGCGGAAGACUGGAGACAAGGCUUGGUUAGUCAGCGAUUACUUUAACAAAUCUGUCACGUGCUUUACGUUCUGGUACCACAUGUACGGCAGUUCGAUAGGAUCUUUAAAAAUAUACCAGCAGCCUUUGGGAGGACAGAAGGUUUUGUUAUGGAUGUUAAGCGGAAACAAAGGGAACAAGUGGUAUAGUGGGCAAGUGGUGGCCGACUUUAGUCUUAAGCAACACCGGAUCAUCGUCGAAGGUAUUCGUGGAACAAGUUACACCGGUGACAUUGCUGUGGAUGAUUUUAAAUUCAUAGAUGGAAGAUGUGGCAUCCUUCCAGCUUCAGCCGCACCUACCGCACCAACAAAACCACCACCUACGAAAGCACCAACAACCAAACCACCUCCAAACGUCGGUUACAGUUGUAAUUUUGAAAACGGAAUCUGCUCCUGGACUCAAGCGGUCGUGGGAGAUAAGUUUAACUGGACCAGAAAUCAAGGAUCGACUCUUUCCGGUGGGACUGGACCGAGCACUGACCACACCCUUGGUAACGGAAAUGGAUGGUACAUGUACAUCGAAACCUCGUCGCCCCGAGUGAAAGGCGACAAUGCGCGGCUCGUCUCCGACUUAAUUCCGGCAACUACCGGAACGUCUGGUCGAUGUUUAACAUUCUAUUACCAUAUGUACGGAUAUCACACGGGAACGUUGAAUGUUUUCAUAAAAACGGGUAGCCACCUCACGAGCGUGUGGCAACGUAAUUCAACUCAAGGAAACAAUUGGUUGCAAGGAAAGGCCACAUUGGUGUCACAGGGACAUUUCCAGAUCAUCUUUGAAGGAAUCAGAGGUAGUGGUUUUCUAAGCGACAUUGCAAUUGACGAUAUAACCGUCACGACUGGAGCUUGCACUUAUCCUUCAUCGAAAUGUACGUUCGAGGAUUCAAAGGUUUGCGGCUUCACUCAAGAUUCGACAGACGACACAAACUGGAUUCGAAAAAGUGGCGGGACAAGUAGUGGCCAGACCGGACCAAGUGCCGACCAUACGCUGAAAACAUCAUCUGGUUUCUAUAUGUACACUGAGGCAUCGUCUCCACGAAAGAAGGGCGACCUAGCGCGUCUUGAAAGCCCUCAACAACAGCCGGCACCGGGUGGGAAAUGCCUGGAAUUCUGGUAUCAUAUGUAUGGUUCUUCUAUGGGUAGUUUGAUCGUGUAUGUCAAAGAUAAUGUACAAAAAAAUCAGGUUUGGAUGAAGAGCGGGAAUCAAGGAAAUUCGUGGCAGAAAGCAAGAGUCACUUUAAAAUCAGCAAGCAAUUUCAAGUACAUUUUUGAAUCGGUUCGUGGCACAAGCUUUUACAGCGACAUUGCAAUUGAUGACGUUGAAUUGUUAGCCGGGCCUUGCCCCAGUCCUGGGUCAUGUUCAUUCGAGGGUGGUCUCUGUCAGUGGAGUCAGGAUAAGUCAGAAGAUGAUUUUGACUGGCAGUUAACAUCUCGAGGUACAUCAUCUUACCUGACCGGUCCAUCAAAUGACCACACCUUUGGCAAUAGUUCAGGAUAUUAUGUGUUUAUCGAGGCUUCAUCACCACGUAAAAUUGGAGAAAAAGCGCGCCUGGUUGGACCAAGGUUGUCUCCAUCCUCGACUACCAGGUGUUUACAAUUCUGGUAUCACAUGUACGGCUCUGAUAUAGGAUCUUUGCGCAUCCUUUCCAAGUGGGGAGCAGGAAGCAAGCUCGAGGAAGUCAAAUGGAUUUUGAAUGGUAGUCAGGGUAACCAAUGGAAGUUUGCACGUGUUGCAAUCUCAAGACCAGGUUCUGGUUCAUAUCAGUUCGUGUUUGAAGGUAUCGUUGGUGCAAGUUAUAAGGGCGAUAUUGCUUUGGAUGACAUACAAAUUAUUCCUCAGUCUUGCUCAAUCUUGCCUACGAACGCAAACCCCAGCAAGACACCAGUUACUUCGCCUACGCCUGCUAUCUCAACGCCUAAGCCAAUACCAAUUGGCAAAUUCUCUUGCAACUUCGAGGUUGUCGGAAAAUGUCAAUGGCAGCAGGUUCACAACAGCGAUCAUUUCAACUGGACCCGAAAUCAAGGACAUACGGCAUCAUCUGGAACUGGUCCAACUACAGAUCACACUAAGGGUGUUGGCCUCCUUGCCGAUAAGAAUCUUGGACCGGGUUCUAUACAGCAUCGUGGAGGAAAAUGUAUUCACAUUUAUCUAGGUGGUUACGUGAAGCCUCCUGACGGUCAACCACUCGUUAUUUAUCAAGGCUGUGGUGAAACGCGACUGGAGUUCAAGAUAGAUUCCAACGGAUUGUUGAAACACACGACGCAUAAUAUGUGCGUAAAACCAAUCGGUGCGGUCACUGAUGGUGUGAAGGUUGGUCUGUACACAAAUUGUGAUGCAAAUGACAAAUGGAGCUGGGCUUCUAAAGGAUCGCUGAAGUACAAAAAUAACAUGUGUCUUCGACCACAGAGCGGGUGGGCGAAUCCUAAAGAUGGCGUGUAUUUGGUGCUUGGUACCAGAUGUGAUCAGUCACAGAAUUUUUUUAAGUUUGUUCCAACACGUGGUUGGUACAUGUUUAUUGAAACGUCCUUACCAAGGAGUCCCAAUGACACAGCGCAGCUGAUAUCACCAUCGACGUCAAAACCGAAAUCCUGUCUUCACUUUUACUAUCAUAUGUACGGUCCCCAUGUCGGAAAAUUGCAGGUGUACGUGAUGUCUGGGGGUAAGAUGGGAUUACCUGUGUGGAGUCAUUAUGGAACCCAUGGCAACACCUGGUAUCAAGGACAGGUCGCUGUAAACAAUCAAAAUUCCCCAUAUCAGUAUGUGAUUGAAGGUGUUCGUGGUAAUGGUUACCAGGGGGACAUCGCCGUAGAUGAUAUUUAUCUAAUGGAUUCAUGCACCGCAAGAGAUUACUGUUCAUUUGAAGAACAGUAUCCACCUUACUGUGGCUAUAAACGCAGUACUGGAAGAUUCAAAUGGUUGCUCGGGAGUGGAAGCACGUUGUCCUCCAAUACAGGACCAUCCAAUGAUCACACGCUUGGAGACUCACGAGGGCGAUAUUUGUAUAUUGAAACAAGCGCUUUCAUACCUGGAGCGAAAGCCACGUUUACAAGCCCGUCAUUUUCUGGAAGUCCAACGGGAAGUUGCAUCUUGUUUUGGUACCACAUGCAUGGUUCUGAUAUAGGUACAUUGAACAUUCGCGUUAACGAAGUUGGUGGACCUCUCAAAGCGACGUGGACUAAAUCUGGUAACCAAGGCAACAAAUGGUUCCUUGGACAGUUAUCAGCAAAUGUCAAUAACCAGUUCACGGUGACAUUUGAGGGAGUGCGCGGACGAAGUUUCCGAGGGGAUAUUGCUAUUGAUGAUAUCAAGAUUCUGAAGCAAGGAUGUCCACAGAAAGGUUACUGCGAUUUUGAAUAUCCCAAGUAUUGUUUCUGGAGGAAUGACGUCACCGAGGACAACAUGGAUUGGUUGAUCGGCAAGGGCUCAACUCCAUCCAGAUAUACUGGACCAUCCAGAGAUCAUACUACUGGAGGAACCUUUGGACAGUACAUGUUUGUGGAAGCAAGUUGGAGAACCGUCAAACACAAGGCUCGUCUUGUCACAGGCCGUUUUCCAGCGACAACCGGCAAGGGUUACUGUAUCAAAUUCUGGUAUAACAUGUACGGUGUUAACAUCGGCACUUUGAACGUAAUUGUUAAAAACAGAGCCGGAAAUCUAUCAGAAAGCAUUGUAUGGAGUCUGUCUGGAAAUCAGAAAUGGGGUUGGAAACAAGGUCAAGCUCCAGUCGUUAGUAGCAGAGACAGUUAUCAGGUUGUAUUCGAGGCAAAAUUAGCUGGAGGUACUCGGGGAGAUAUUGCCAUAGACGACAUCAGCUAUAUUUCUGGAACAUGCGCUGUCGCGCCAAUAGCAGCUAUACCAGUGAACCCCAUCUCUCCAACCCUCUCCACCAACCCUACCUCGCCAGGACUUGGAAAAUUCGAUUGUACCUUUGAGAAUGGAAAUCUCUGCUCUUGGAAAAAUAUGGUUGGAGCAGUUUUCAACUGGACUCUCCAAAAGGGAAAGACAGCUUCUCCCAAUACUGGCCCAGCUGAGGAUCACACGCUGAAAACCAACAACGGAACCUAUGUUUAUGCAGAAGCCUCAAGUCCUCGUAAGCCCGGGGACAAAGCAAUCCUUGUGAGCGCGCAGAUACCAGCUAACAGCCGCCCCGGAAACUGUAUUAGCUUCUGGUACCAUAUGUUUGGUGCCAAUGUCGGUACUCUUAAUCUCUACAUCCAAAAGGGAAGUGGUGCACUACCAAAAGCAACCUGGACAAGGACCGGUACUCAAGGUUACGAGUGGAGAAAGGCCAUGGUAUUUUUCUCGUCUGCGGUGCGAUAUAAGAUUUUGUUUGAAGCUGUUCGCGGCAAUGCCUUCGCUGGGGAUAUUGCCUUGGACGAUCUGCAAGUGAAGAGCGGUUUUUGUCCACCACCUGACGCCUGUUCCUUUGAACAAAAUAACCUGUGUGGUUGGACGAAUGAACCAACGAAGGACGAUUUUGAUUGGAGACGAGCAACUGGUGGAACUGCGUCAGUGAAUACUGGACCAUCUAAUGAUCAUACGUUUGGUACUUCAGUAGGAUAUUACAUGUAUAUUGAGGCGACGGGGCGAAGUAAAGGAGACAAGGCACAACUUUUGAGUCCGCGUUAUCCGAAAACAACUGGCAGAUGUUUACAAUUUUGGUACCACAUGUAUGGAUCGGAUAUGGGAACAUUAACUGUUUACAAGAAGGUUCUCAAAGCAGGGGCGCCAUAUAACAUUCGUGUCUGGUGGCGAAGUGGAGAUAAGAGCAACCUCUGGCGUAUUGGUCGUGUUUCAAUGUGGUCGUCAUCGUACGACUAUCAAGCUGUGUUUGAAGGCGUCGUUGGAAAGAGUUUCCGAGGUGAUAUUGCUAUAGACGACGUCAAGUUUUUGGAUGGAAAAUGUCCACCUCCGGGCGAUUGUACUUUUGAAAGAGGAACGUGUACUUGGACAAACGCUCUCUCAGGCGAUACGUUUGAUUGGCGUCGCAACAAAGGUGGCACAUCAAGUGGAAAUACCGGACCACGAGUUGAUCACACAAGACAAGACAAGUCAGGAUACUACAUGUAUGUCGAAGCUUCACUACCGCGAAAAAAAGGUGAUUAUGCAAGACUCGAAUCGGAAGAAUUUUUCCGUACCUCAUCAUCCGGGCGAUGUAUCAAGUUUUGGUAUAACAUGUACGGUUCAAAUAUUGGGUCACUGAAAGUAUACUAUGUAGCGAAUGGAACAAGGCGUGUGAUAUGGGGCUUAUCUGGGCAACAGUCAAAAUCUCAGGAUACCUGGAAUUUCGGACAAGCACCUAUACGAAGCAGUAAAGUUUAUCAGAUCGUGUUCGAAGGUACCAUCGGCACAAACCACUUAGGAGACAUUGCUAUCGACGAUAUUCAAUUCUCAAACGGUGCAUGCUCAAUAUUACCUACGACUGUGACCGUCACACCUCCAGCACCGCUGUCCACUACUCCUACGAUUGCUGGCUCAACUCCAGCCCCCUCAAAGUACGACUGUAAUUUCGACAGCAGUAUAUGUCUUUGGAAGUUUGAUAAAUUCGCUGACUUCCAAUGGAAACGGCAGAACCAUGGGACACCUAGUAGUUUCACCGGACCGGCUCAUGAUCACACUACAAGUGAUGGAAGCGGAUCCUACUUGUUCCUUGAAGCAACAGGCAAGAGACCCAACCAAACAGCAAGGAUGAUUGGUCCACAGAUCCCGGCGACCAAACAGAAAUGUUUUCAAUUCUGGUACCACAUGUACGGCUUGGACGUCGGCGCUUUGAACGUUUACGUGAACUCAUCAACGACGUCGAGCCUUGGUAGACCCCUGUGGACGCGAUCUGGGGACAAAUCCGACAUCUGGCGUCAUGGCGUCUUAUCCAUAACAAGUCAGAAUCCGUUCCAGGUUGUAAUCGAAGGUAUACGGGGCAAGAGUUAUAAGGGAGAUAUCGCAAUAGAUGACGUCAGCUUCCAAGAUGGAAAAUGUCCUGCUAUGUCUGUUUGUACAUUCGAUGACCCCAGUUUGUGUGGAUGGUCCAACGUCAGAUCUGGAGAUAACUUUGAUUGGACGAGAUCAAAUGGUGGUACUGGUAGCUCGGGGACUGGGCCUAGCAAUGAUCAUACUUACGGCACCAAUCAAGGUUAUUACAUGUAUAUCGAAGCUUCAUCGCCUCGCACCAAAGGUCACAAGGCGUGGUUGGAAAGUCCCCUAAUGAAGCCGACCAGUGGAAAGUGUCUGCGGUUCUGGUACCAUAUGCUUGGUAGCAAUAUUGGUAAACUGAAUGUGCUGGUCAAAGUUGGUAGCAAUCGUGGUAAUCCUGUGUGGACCAUGACGGGGAAUUUGGGCAAUGAGUGGAGGGUCGGCGAGGUCACUGUGAAAAGUACAUCCCAGUUUAAGAUAAUGUUUGAAGGUAGCGUUGGUUCGAGCUUUACUGGUGACAUCGCCAUUGACGAUGUACAGAUAUCUAACGGCGCAUGCGCGGAUCCAGGUGAUUGCGACUUUGAAAAGGGGCAAUGCACGUGGGUGAACGCUAAAAGCGACCUCUACAAUGACAACUUUGAUUGGGCAAUAGCAACUUCAACAGCUUCCAUCGGAACUGGCCCAUCAUCAGAUCAUUCAACCGGUUCAAGUAAGGGACACUUCAUGUACAUCGAGAGCUCGUGGCCGCGACAGUGGGGCGAGAAGGCACGACUUGAAUCCGAAGUUCUACCGCCGACCACCGGACAGUGUAUGCAGUUUUGGUACAAUAUGAAUGGUGCUCAUAUCAAUAAACUUUCAGUCUUGUUGAAUGUCGUUGAACAAUCUGAAACAAGAGUCUGGUCGUUUGGUGAGAACAAGGGUGAUAAGUGGUUGCAAGGUCAAAUACCAAUCAAGAGCGCUAAACCAUUCAUAAUCGUGUUUGAAGGUACAAGUGGCUACAGUUACAAAGGAGAUAUUGCUAUUGAUGAUAUUACAUUCGCUUCAUCUCGUGUACCCUGUGGAAUAAAACCCCCAGAAGCUCAGCCGUUUGGCUGCAACUUUGAAUUUGGCAAUUGUGGAUGGACAUUUGGAUUUUCAUUCAGUUCGUACAAAUGGAAAAGACAAUCUGGUAAUCAGGCUACAACGACGUCGAUUGGCGUCAAAGUGGAUCAUACAAUCGGCAAAGCCAACGGCUCCUAUGUAUUCGUCAACACUCGUGGCUUCCCAUCCAGUAGAGCCAUAUUACGGAGCCCUUUUAUACCGUCGAAUGGCACCAAAGUAUUGAAAUGUCUGGAGUUUGCAUAUCACAUGCAUGGUGCUUCUGUCAACUAUCUUGACGUGUAUAUGACUAGUGUGGGGAAAAGAAGGAGUGUUUGGAGUCGCAAAGGGACACAAGGAGAUCGUUGGAGACUUGCAGAGGUUCAGCUAGAGCUUACCCAAAGGACUAGGAUUAUCAUCGAGGCAAGGAAUGGCUCGCAAUAUGAUGGAGAUAUUGCAAUCGAUGACAUAGAUUUGAAAGAUGGCAGCUGUCCUACUGCUGCAUCCUGUGGUUUUGAAGCACCAGGGUUGUGUGGAUAUACCGUCACUCCCUCGGACGAUGGCUUGAAAUGGAUGCGAACAAGAGAUGGAACGCCAAGUGUGUUUACUGGACCAAAAUAUGAUCACACUUAUGGAACGUCACUUGGUCAUUUCAUGUAUAUGGAAGCAACUGGGGCUGCAGCAGGGAAGAAAACAAAGCUCGAGUCAAAAUACUACUGGCGGCAAUCAUUCUCUCAAUGUUUAACAUUUUGGUACCACAUGUAUGGUCCUCAUAUUGGAACUCUCAAUGUUUACACCACCAGCUUCUUCUUUCCAAAGCAAGUUUGGACCAAGACAGGAUCCCAGGGCAACCUCUGGCGUAAGGCACAAGUUCCCUUGCAACUUAGUUUCUUCAGGGGGACAAGUGUGACUUUUGAAGGUGUUCGAGGUAACGGUGCGUUUGGCGAUAUAGCACUGGACGAUGUGAGCUUGGAGGAUGGUCCUUGCCCCCGGCCGGGUGAUUGUACCUUCGAAAAAGGCCGCUGUACAUGGUUGGAGGUUCGGGAUGGAACAGACACCUUUGAUUGGCAGCUUGGAAGUGGUUCAACCCAAAGCUUUAGUACUGGCCCAAGUAAUGACCACACCCUCGGUAAUGCACAAGGUCAGUAUUUGUUCAUUGAAUCCUCGUCCCCUCGUCGUCCUGGUGACACUGCUCGAAUUCAGAGCGAACAGUUCACCAAGACACCAGCUAAUGGUCGUUGUAUGAAGUUUUGGUACCACAUGAUGGGACCAGAUAUCGGAAAUCUUACCGUUUAUAUGAAUGCGACCGGGUCGACGAAGUUGCAGCCUUUAUGGAGGCUCUCUGGAAAUCAGGGAAAUCAAUGGUUGAAUGGAAAAUUGCCAUUAAGAUCUACGCAGACAUUUACGAUGGUAUUCGAAGCAGUUCGUGGCAGUAGUUUCAGAGGAGAUAUUUCUUUAGAUGACAUUUCAUUCACAGACGAUGCUUCAUCGUGUCCUGUCUUCCCGCAAGGUGCUGGAAAUGUUAACCCAAUAACUCUUCCACCGACAAAAGCGACAACCCACGGUCCUACGUCAGGUAACAGUGGAAACAACUGUAACUUUGAGGAUAAAACGAAGAAGCUGUGCAAGUUCACGCAAGACCGAAGCGAUCACUUCAACUGGACUGUACACCAAGGACAUACAUUAUCCGUUCGUACAGGGCCGAAGUUUGAUCAUACUUUAGGAACUCAACUGGGCCAUUAUGCAUACAUCGAAACAUCAAGUCCACGGAAGCCCAAUGACACAGCAAAUCUGAUCAGUCCAACACUUGACCAGACGCAAGGCAUUGGUUGUCUCAUAUUUUGGUACCACAUGUAUGGACCUGAUAUCAACUCGCUUACAAUUCUUCAACGGUCUGGAUCAAAAUCAACUGCUCUUUGGCAAAGAGUUGGUAGUCAAGGCAACGUCUGGCGUCAAGCGAUCGUUUCUCUACCGCAAGAUUCCAAUAAGUAUAAGAUCGUAUUCUCUGGAAAGCGCGGAAAGUCAUACAGUGGCGAUAUAUCGAUAGAUGAUGUGCAAUUCCAGAAAACGAGUUGUCCACCACAAACUGAAUGUACGUUUGAAGAUUUCAAUGUUGGCGGAGGAAAUCCAACGUGUGGAUGGAGGAACCAGAUAGAUACAUAUCAAUGGAACCGUAAGAACAAGGGAACGCCCAGUCUUACUACAGGUCCUUCGUUCGAUCAUACGUAUGGAACAGACCAAGGUUAUUAUAUGUUCAUCGAAGCCACCGGUUCCACACUGAACGAAAAGGCCGAGUUAAAGAGUCCCAACUACCCCGCGGCUACCACAGGUCAUUGCUUUACCCUGUGGUACCACAUGUACGGCGUUGAUGUUGGGUCACUCAACGUGUUCCAGGACAUCGGUGGUAAGAGGUACUUCCUGUGGGGAAUGCAAGGCAAUAGAGGAAACGUUUGGAAGAAAACGCAAAUCACCAUAAAAAAUAACAACGGAUACGCGAUCGUAAUUCAAGGAAAACGAGGCAAGGGAUUCCGAGGCGACAUCGCUAUUGAUGAUGUCUUACUCCGAAAAGAUGGACCUUGCGAUGUUCCAGGCGCGUGUAACUUUGAGAAAGGCACCUGCAGUUAUUACAACACUAGACAAGAGGAUGACUUUGAUUGGAUCAGAAACCAAGGUGGAACGUCCAGUUACCAAACAGGGCCGUCUAUAGAUCAUACUUUGGGAACUAAAUAUGGUAGUUAUAUGUACAUCGAAACAUCUUGGCCGAACGCAAAAGGCCACAAAGCUCGGUUAGUGAGUCAAGAUCUACAAAUUAGCAACACGCCUAAAUGCCUUAAGUUUUGGGUUCACCUCUACGGCGCACACAUUGGAAGGCUAAACGUCUUUGUAAAGACAGGACCUGGUAACAAGUCUGAGGAGUUGGUCUGGACAUUAGGCGGGAACUUUGGUAAUCAAUGGUUUAGCGCCCAGACCCCAAUCAAGAGCCCGAAAAUAUACCAGAUCGUGUUUGAAGGAGUGACUGGAUCUAGUUACCAAGGCGACAUUGCAAUUGAUGACGUCACCAUCUCCGACACCCUUUGUAAUACGAUCCCAAGCGCAGCCAUCCCCCCCACGGUACCACCCACCCCUCCUAUGCCUGUGAACUGCACCUUUGAGAAGAACUUCUGUAACUGGUUCAACAAGAAGACAGGCGAUGAUUUUGAUUGGACGCGGCACCGUGGUGGCACAUUAUCUUCGAACACUGGCCCAAGUACUGACCACACAACUAAUUCUGCCAAUGGGUACUACAUAUACAUCGAAACAUCGUCACCUCGUCAGCCUGGUCAUGUUGCCAGGAUCGAAAGUGGCUCAAUCACUCCGACCACAGGGACGUCUGGGAAAUGUUUAGCGUUUUGGUUCCAUAUGUAUGGACCCGAUGUUGACACUUUGAGUCUCUACACUAAUACCCAAGGAACACUGAAGAAGAUUUGGAGUCGAACUGGUACUCAUGGUAACUCAUGGCGUCAGGCACGCAUAACUCUCACUAGUACCCAAACCUUCUCCCUCGUAUUUGAAGGCAAACGUGGUAGUUCCUACCAAGGAGAUAUAGCUUUGGAUGACAUUACGUUAGCGGAUGGGAAAUGUUCACCUGCCAAAUUUUGUGACUUCGGUGAUGAUUUUUGCCACUUUACCAACAGCAAGGGCGAUCAAUUCGACUGGACUCGGACUAAGGGUAGCACGGGAUCUCUUAAUACUGGACCGUCAGUCGACCAUACCACCGGCACAAAGAAUGGUUAUUAUGUUUAUAUCGAGACAAGCUGGCCACGAAAAAAAGGUGAAAAGGCAUGGCUAGUGAGUCGGACCUAUCCUGCUGCGCCUGCAGGCAAAUGCCUGAACUUCUAUUAUCACAUGUAUGGAUCAGACAUCAAUCUACUUCAUGUGAUAGUCAAGCCAGAUUCGGCUCCAUUUGGCAUCAGCGUCUGGAACAAGACUGGCAAUCAAGGCGAUGUUUGGAGACAUGGUCAAGCGACAGUAAAAUCCUCAAAUCAAUUCAAGAUCUACUUCGAAGGUGUUGUUGGAAAGAGUUACCGAGGUGACAUCUCUUUAGAUGAUAUUUGGCUCGACGAGAAGCCGUGUCCACCUGCUGGUAGUUGUACAUUUGAGCUUGGUUUGUGUACCUGGCAGAAUCAACAGAAUGGUAACAACCAAACGAUACAAGAUGAAUUUGACUGGACGCUCGGAAGUGGUAGUACUUGGAGCUAUUCCACCGGUCCAUCAAGUGAUCACACAACAGGUUCUGCAUUGGGGAAAUAUAUUUUCAUUGAAACCUCGUCACCACGGAGGAAUGGUGACAGAGCCAUACUUGAAAGUGAUAUGAUCGGGAGAACGGCUGCAAAGUGUUUCAGUUUCUGGUACCAUAUGUUUGGAUCGAGCAUUGGAGCACUUAAUAUUUAUAUCAGAGAUACUUCGGGAAAUAAGAGACUCGUGUGGACCCUCAAAGGUUCGCAGGGCAACGUUUGGAAACAAGGCGAGGUGACCUUGAGCAGCAAAAAACCAUUCCGGGUGUUGAUCGAGGGAGUUCGUGGCACUAGUUACACUGGUGACAUCUCCCUGGAUGAUAUGUUCUUCCAAGAUGGCAACUGCGUCGGUGUAUGUUCGUCUGUGGUGCCUACAGCUAGGGUUAACUGUGGCUACUUUGGAAUAACAGCCGCAGAAUGUAUCACGAAGAGGGGUUGUUGCUAUGACACAAGUAUACCCUAUGUUCCAUAUUGCUUCUUCCAUCCAGCUACUUGUCAGUCAGUGAAUGUGGCUACUCGUGUGGCUUGCGAUCCGAAAACAACAAUAACAUCUCAAUAUCUUUGUAAACAGAAAGGUUGUUGUUAUGAUAAUAGCCAAAAAAAUUCUAUCGUUUGUUUCAAACAUCCUCGGCAACCCACACCAUUCCCUACUUCUCCCCCUACAAAACGAUAUACCACCCGCGGCGUUUUACCUUUUGAAUGCGACUUCGAGAAAGAUUGGUGUGGAUGGCUUAAUGACAAUGAUAAUCAUAUAGACUUCCAAAGACAAAGUGGCAAUACACCUUCGGUCCAAACUGGACCAAAGGUUGAUCAUACAUUUGGCACUAAACAAGGAUAUUAUGUGUAUAUCGAAACAUCAUUCACCUCGGCAAACGAUACCGCGAUGCUUAUGAUGAAUGGUCCAACAAGCAGCAAUGGUAAACUAAGGUGCUUACAGUUUUGGUACCAUAUGUAUGGUGCCCAUGUCAACACCUUAUCUGUCCAUAUAAAACCUGAGAAUAAGAAAAUUCAGUCUCCAAUCUGGAAAAAGACAGGCACUCAGGGAGACCAGUGGCGAUACGCCCAGGUGCAAAUAAACACCACGGCAGCGUUUAGCUACAGGAUCGUGUUCCAGGCGACGGCAGGCUCCAGUUUUCAAGGAGACAUUGCCUUGGAUGAUAUCAAAUUUCCCUUCCAUGAGUGUCCACCUAUGCCUGAAUGUCAAUUCGAAUCGGACAAGAUCUGUCGCUACACACAAGAUGCUGGUGAUGAUUUCGACUGGACGCGAGGAACUGGGGGAACAGCAAGUUACGAUACAGGGCCAAAAUCUGAUCAUACUUACGGAACUGAUCAAGGUGGCUACAUGUACAUUGAGACAAGUUGGCCCAGAAGGACUGGUGAUAAAGCUCGACUUGAAACACCGCUGUACAAACCAACGUUUGGAUCGUGUGCUCGUUUCUGGUAUCACAUGAGAGGCGACAAUAUUGGUGUGUUGAACGUUUACAUCAAGAAGGGUGGUGUGCUUGGUAGCCGCGUUUGGAGCGACAGGGGAAACUAUGGUGAUUUAUGGAUGAGAAAGACAUUAAGCGUUACCAGUUCCCAACCAUGGAAGUUGGUAUUCGAAGGAGUUCGAGGAAGUUCGUACACAGGCGAUAUCGCUCUGGACGAUGUUAAGAUCAGUACGGAUGGAGAAUGCCCUGUACUUGGAUCCUGUGACUUUGAAGAUAAUUUCUGCACGUACAACAACGAUCAAAACGAUGAUUUCGAUUGGGAGAGACAUAUUGGUGAAACUUUCAGCAUUGGAACUGGGCCAAGCAAAGAUCAUACAUACAAAACCACAGGCAAAGGUCACUAUGUAUACAUCGAGACCUCUCAUCCGCGUCUGCCGAAUGACAAAGCAUGGUUGGUAAGCGAUAUCUUCAAGGUUGACCCAACAUUCAAAUGGUGCCUGAAAUUCUGGAUGCAUUUGUAUGGUGAUACCGUGGGGAAUCUUAACGUGUAUAUUGUGACCAACAUACUCAAGCCAACCCAGGAUAAAUACUAUCGAAGAAUAUUUACCAUAACCGGGAACCAUGGCGAUAAUUGGGUGUACGAACAAGUGGAUAUAAGCAGCGGAAAAGAUUUCCAAAUCAAAUUUGAAGGUGUUGUCGGCAAGCAACCGUCUUACAAAGGUGAUAUAGCUUUGGAUGACAUCGUCGUUACCCCGGGACAGUGUCCGGCAGCUAAACCCACCUCCACACCCAACCCCUGUGCCAUCAAGUGUAAGAGCAACACGUGUGUCUCUGCUAAUAAGAUUUGUGACUUUGUCAACGACUGCGGUAGCUCUGAUAAUACGGACGAGAAGAAUUGCGGAACAUGCGACUUUGAGAACGGUGUUUGCGGUUGGAAUAACACCAGUAAUGGUGUUUUCACCUGGAAACGCGGUCAAGCUGGAACCCCUUCGAAGAAUACUGGACCAGCGGUUGAUAAUACCAAAAAAACGGCUCAGGGUUAUUACAUGUACGUAGAAGCCUCCCGAGGUAAAGCCUACCAUCUUGCCACACUGGAAAGCCCAGUCCUUCAACAAGCGUCUUCAACCUGCGCUUUCAACUUCUAUUACCAUAUGUUCGGCGCUGGCAUCGGCGAACUCCGUGUGUACAUCGUUGUUGCUCGGAGAUACACGUUAUUAUGGUCCUUAUAUGGAGAUCAAGGUAACAAAUGGAAUCCAGUCAGUUUACGUCUCGGCCGACGAAAAACUCCGUUCAAGAUUGUCGUGGAAGCGGAACGUUCGUAUUCCUCCUUUGGUGAUAUAGCGGUGGACGAUCUGUCGUUUGCAUUUUGCAGUUUCCCGCAACCACAAUCCUCCUGUUCCAGCUGGCAACAUACUUGUUUGAACCGCGCAUGCGUUGGUUCGAACAGAGUGUGCGAUAUGACGGAUGAUUGCGGUGACAACAGUGACGAAAUUAGCUGUGGAGGACAGACACGGUGUAACUUUGAGUGGGCCAGGUGUAUUUUCAAUGAUCUGAAAGACGAUGAUUUUGAUUGGACACGACAGCGAGGCUCGACACCUUCUGCCGCAACUGGCCCAUUGUUUGAUCAUACAUACGGGACUACAGCAGGCUAUUACCUCUUCACCGAGACAUCCUGGCCGCGAAAGCCUGGAGACCGAGCGAGAUUAGGGACGUAUUACAAUUUUGCCGCCAUAACUGACAACACUUGUCGCAUGCGGUUCUACUAUCACAUGUGGGGAGAUCAUAUUGGUAACCUGAGCGUGAAAGUUCGUGAUACAAUUGGGGGACCUGAGACUACACUUUGGAUCAAGAAUGGUAAAGUUGGGAACUACUGGGCUCGAGCUGACGUCGUGCUCAAGAGCGCCAAGGAUUUCCAGGUAAUAUUCGAAUCUGUCAGGGGAACUAACUACCAAGGCGACAUCUCUAUUGACGAUGUAUCAUUUACACUCUUCUGUAAACGUGGACGUGCCUUACCUACAGCCCCACCUACAUCCCCCCAACCCACUACACCUGGACCUUGUGGAUCGGGGCGUUUCCAAUGUAAGAGAUCCAAGGAAUGCAUAUCAAAUUCGAAAAUCUGUGAUUACUGGAAGGAUUGCUCGGAUGGUACUGAUGAAAUGAAAUGUGGACCGUGCGACUUUGAAAAUCCAGACCUCUGUGGUUGGAAAGAUAUAAGCUCUGGUGAAUAUCAGUGGUGGAGAAAUAGAGGGACAACACCAUCACACAAGACUGGGCCGAAAGUCGACCAUACCUGUGGAAAUAAUUCAUGUCAUUACAUCUACAUUGAGGACGGCACUGGAUCAACCUUCCAAGUAGCAAACAUAGAGAGUCCGGUUAUUGGAAGAACGUACCAGACGUGUACUGUUCGUUUCUAUUACCAUCUUUAUGGCACAUUCAGUAAAAACAGUUACCUCUGGGUUGGCCUACGUUUUGGAAGUUCAAAGUCGUACGUAUGGUCCACGAAUGGUGACCAAGGUGAUAAAUGGAACAAAGGAGAAUUUGGACUUGGAUCUGUACCUGCAGGAACCAGGAUAUCAUUUGAGGCUCGCAAACCUUGGACAUUCUUUGGAGCGGCGGACAUGGCCGUUGAUGAUGUGACCUUCAUAAAUUGUGGUAUACCAAAGCCAAGGACUUGCUUACCCGGGGAGUUCAAAUGCAUAAGACAAUUUUGUGUUUCACCUGAUAGGAUGUGUGAUUUUGCGAACGAUUGUGGUGAUAAUAGCGAUGAGACGUCUUCCGUCUGCCAGAGCUAUCCAGGUCGUUGUAACUUUGAGAAGGAUACAUGCGCAUGGACCCAAGAUGUUGGUGAUGAUUUUGACUGGCGCCGAAUGAAAGGCAGUACCUGGUCAUACCAAACUGGCCCAGGACGGGACCACACGUUCUCAACUCCACAAGGCAAUUACCUUUACAUCGAGACCUCCUAUCCACGAAAAGCUGGCGAGAAAGCCCGCAUAAGCAGCCCGGUUAUCAAGGUGAAAUCGGCAACAGAUAACUGCAGAUUGAGGAUGUUCUAUCAUAUGUUUGGCAAGGAUGUCAAUUCGUUAAAUAUUUACCACAGAGACGCCGUAGGAGGAAAACUAUCUAUUAUAAAGACGAUUAUAGGCGACCAAGGAGAUGUCUGGCGACGUUAUGAAUCAAUUAGUCUGUUUAAACCAACUCCAUUCCAAAUUGUGAUCGAAGGAGUCGUAGGACCAAGUUAUCAAGGCGAUAUUGCCAUUGAUGAUAUUUCAUUUACAAAAGGAUGCAUCAUUGAAUCCACCACGACACUAAACCCCACUGGUUUUACUGUUCCAACUUCUGCCAGCUGUCAACUGGGACAAAUGAGCUGUGACAAUGGCCAGUGUAUUUCGGCAAACAAAUAUUGUAAUUUCAAAGAAGAUUGCAACGACAAGUCAGAUGAGAAGUCAUGCCCAGUAAAAUGUGACUUUGAAAAGGGUGAAUGCGGAUGGAAGGACACUAAACUGGGUGAUUACAUUGAUUGGACUCGGGAUUCCGGUGGCACUCCAACACCUCACACUGGCCCCAGUAUUGAUCAUUCAAAAGGAACAUCGGCAGGUCACUAUGUCUACGCAGCUGUAAAGAAUAGAACUGGUUAUUACGCCACACCACGCUAUGUGAGUCCGCGCUAUUACAAGGCCAGUAAAAGUUGUAAAUUCCGCUUUUACUAUCAUAUGAACGGAACUGCGUCCGGUUCUUUGAGUUUUAACCUCUGGAGGAACAACAAAAAUACAUAUUUAUGGGCUGACUAUUUCAAAUUAUCGGACGAAUGGAGAAAUGCAACCAUCGACUUACCACCUUGCAUCACAGACUUCCAGGUUGUUUUCGAAUCAUUCAACUUUCUGGGCGAUGACGGUGAUAUUGCGAUUGACGACGUGGAAUUCAUCGACUGUGCUGAACCAGCACCAGAACCUGCCAAAUGCUCUGGCGCAAAUAAAUUUAAGUGUGCCAGCGGCCAUUGCACUAAUGUUACGAAUACCUGUGACUUCACUCCUGAUUGCUGUGACUAUAGUGACGAAACUGAUAAAUUGUGCUCAAAUUACUACAGGGUAAAUUUCGAACACGGCGCUAACAACUUCACUCAAUCAUUCGACGAUGAUUUCAACUGGGUCAGACAGAAUGGAUAUACAUGGUCGUAUAACACUGGCCCUAAGUUCGACCACACAACCCAUACUCAGGAAGGCUACUAUAUGUACAUCGAAUCAUCGAAGCCUCGUAAAGUAAACGAGACGGCGUUGUUGGUCUCGCCGUUGAUGAAAUCUACCCAAAUAUGUUACAUGCGCUUCUUCUAUCACAUGCGUGGAGAUCAUAUUGGUACCUUGAACGUUUACAAAAAGGUUGGUAACGUUAAGAAACUGAUGUCAACUGAAAGUGGUCAUGUUGGAAGCAAGUGGAUGAAGAAAACGAUCAAAAUACCCCCGUCAUCAGCCGGGUUCUAUAUUAUUUUUGAAGGCAUAAUUGGUGUAUCCUAUCGAGGAGACAUAGCUAUCGAUGAUAUUUCAUUCACACCAGAAUGUCAACCUGUUAUCAUAACCACAACACCAACGCCUAAUCCUUGUUCCAACGGAGGAUUCCAAUGUAAAGGCGAUAAGUCUUGUGUAUCGGCCAGCUACAAAUGCGACCAGAAAUCAGAUUGCAAAGACGGCUCCGAUGAAAGUGCCGAUGUUUGUGGCUCUCCUUGUACGUUUGAGACGGGAACGUGUGGAUGGAAGGAAGCGAAGCCAAAUCAUUUUGAUUGGACACGAUUCCAUGGUUGUACCGCCCAGAGUAGAACUUGUAAAGAUGCAACUGGAAAUUCUGCAGGAUUUUUCAUGUACCUCACAAGUCUUACUGGCAUCUCAGGCAAAGAAGCAGUCUUACAGAGUCCGUUGAUUCAAAAGUCCUCACCCAGCUGUGAGUUCGAAUUCUACUACAAAAUGACGAACACCUUGGGAGAAACACUUACUCUGUAUUUGAACACGCCCUCGACUAACAGGAAGCAAGCCCUCUGGUCAAGAUCAGGUCGACACGGAUACCAAUGGCACAAGAGUAUGGUGAAGAUUGGAGGCCACAGCGUACCAUUUACUCUGACGUUUGAAAACAAACACAGUGGUUCAUUUUCGGGCGACAUAGCGAUUGAUUCAGUUACAAUGAAGAAUUGUGAUCAAACUUCAGGUUGUAGUGGUAAACAGGUCCAUAGCUGCAGAAACAACAAAAAAUUCUGCUAUUCUGACGAUCAAGUUUGCGAUUUAACGGAUGAUUGUGGAGAUGGUACUGAUGAGAGAUCAUGUAAAAAUGUAAAAUGUAACUUCGACGCUAAUUUAUGUGGAUGGAAAAAUACUCAAAACGGCGAUGAUUUCGACUGGACUCGAAACAAAGGUUCAACUGCAUCCUUGGGAACUGGACCUACCACUGAUCACACUACAGGCAAAGGUUACUACAUGUAUACAGAGGCCACAGGUCGACGUCAAGGUGAAAAGGCGUGGUUGCUAAGUCCGCCAAUGUCGGCUGGUACAAACGGAGCAUGUACCCUACGAGUUUGGUAUCACAUGAGAGGAUCAAGUGUACAAGAUCUUAAUAUAUGGUAUAGGACAUACAUUGGCGGACCUCUGUAUUCCGUGGCAACGGCAUCUGGUAAUUUGGGUGACGUCUGGCAAAAAUUAACAGCGACUAUUAACUUGGGAAAGAGAACAGGACGGCAAUUUGAAGUAAUUAUAGAAGGCGUACGAGGACGUGGUUUCCAAGGGGACAUAGCUAUUGAUGACAUCAGUUUUGGAGGCAACUGCAAGCAAUCCACUGGCAUUAUUCCAACAUCAGAAGCACCUCUCACAACGAUAGCUCCAACUCCUAAACCGAACACCUGCAAAGCUCAUGAAUUUGGAUGCUGGAGAGACGCAGUUUGUAUUGACAAGACUAAAGUUUGUGAUUUCAAUCUUGAUUGCAAAGAUAAUUCGGAUGAACGUUUCUGCCCGGCCUUGUGCACCUUUGAAUACAGCAGAUGUGGCUGGACAGAGUCUACGCAGGAUUCUCCACAAUUUGACUGGAAGAGACGCAAAGGUAGUACGCCAUCGAUCGGCACUGGUCCUACCAAAGAUCACACGACAAACUCAACCAAUGGAUACUACCUGUAUAUUGAGGCCUCGUCUGGUGCAGCGUUCCAAUAUGCUCAACUUAUCAGUCCAUUGUAUAGAAAGUCUUACACAAAAUGUGCGCUGGAGCUCUGGUAUCAUAUGUAUGGACCAACAGUCGGAUCGCUUUUUGUCUCUCUGAACAUUUCAGGUCAGACCACGAUACAUUGGAGCAAAUAUGGCGACCAAGGUGAUAAAUGGCGGAAGACUACUGUCGGCAUUGGCAAACAGAUUAAACCUUUCCAAGUCAUCAUCGAAGCCACCCGCGGACAAGCAUUCAGUGGUGAUAUUGCGAUAGACGAUCUUAACUUCGUGAACUGUGGAUUACCAUCAAAACAAACGUGCGGCUCAGCGAAAAAUACAUUCCCAUGCAAACGGGGCGGUUGUAUCGACCCUGAAUAUAAAUGUGACUUUAGCGACGAUUGCGGGGAUUACACUGACGAAGUAACAAACAUUUGUCGUAAUUAUCCGGCCAGAUGCACCUUCCAGAUUGACGGUCAGUGCAAAUGGAGGAACUCAGAUGAGGAUGACUUCGAUUGGCAACGAAUCAAAGGUGCCACAGCUUCAAUCAAUACUGGACCAGAGUUCGACCAUACGAACAGUGACGGAACUGGUUACUACAUCUACCUUGAAACGUCAUACCCACGUCGCUAUGGUGACAAAGCUUGGUAUAUCAGUCCUAUAUUCCAAGCUAGAAAUAAAGACGACAAUUGCAAGCUGCGAUUCUUUUAUCAUAUGUAUGGAGAUACGAUUGGUCAGCUUAAUGUCUACAUCAGAAAUUAUGUGAAUGGUACACUAGGAAAACCAGUGUGGUAUAUGAGAUCUAAUCAAGGGUCAAUUUGGAAACGUGCCUCUGUUCUUCUGAAAUCCGACAAAGCCUUUGAAGUUGUCAUUGAAGGAUUCGUAGGGGAUGAUUAUAAUGGCGAUAUUGCACUGGAUGAUCUAUCUUUCACUGAAGAAUGUUUAUUUUCACCAUUCCAACUACCAAUACAGCCAGACAUUAGCGGUACUAUAGCGCCAACUAACCCCCAUUCGUGUAGCCCACUCCAGUUAAACUGCUACAGAUCAGGAUCCACAAUGUGCGUCUCGAAACAAAAGAAGUGUGACUUCGCCAGGGAUUGCCCAGGGGGGGAGGAUGAAGAUACUUGUGUUAAACCGACCACAGAUUUCACCAGCGGAAAUAUUGGUAACUGGCUGAUCGAAGCGGCAGAAAAGUCUGGUGGAAGCACCCGAAAGUUGCUGGCUGCGACGUAUACUUGGCAACCUUAUCAGGCUGAUGACAAAGACGAUCCUAAAAUUGACCACACACCCAAUGGCGCUGGCUGGUAUCUUAGGGCUGACGCUUCAGCAGCAGAUUCCAGUGGUAGCGUGACAACCCUGACCACUCCCACCAUAACAUCAACUGGACCUCAAUGUACCAUCGAGUUCUGGUAUUACAUGUCUGGGUACAGCGUGGGCACUCUAUCUGUGUUGACCAAUGAUAUCACUUCUAAUGUUCUGUGGUCGCGUACGUCUAACCAAGGACAACAGUGGUCAAAGGGGAUGGUAAAAAUUGGGUCAAGACGAAAUUUCCAGGUAAUAUUCCAAGCAAAGGGCAGUCGAGCUCAGAAUAAUGACAUAAAUCUGGACGAUAUCAAGUUUAUCAACUGUGAAACGAUGUCGAUCGAAAGGCCCUGCAAAGCAAACACUGAGUUCAAGUGUGAACUUGGUGGUUGUACCAACGUGACAAGACUUUGUGACUUCAGUCUCGAUUGUAUGAACGGGGAUAAUUCUGACGAAAGAAGCUGUGAUAAGUAUCCUGGUCGAUGCGAUUUUGAACACGGUCUUUGUGCAUGGGAACAAGACUCGACAGAUGAUUUUGAUUGGACAAGGAACACAGGUUAUACUCCGUCAUCAUCAACUGGACCGUUGAUUGACCAUACUCUUGGUAAAUCAUCAGGUCACUAUUUGUAUACGGAAACAUCAUGGCCGCGCAAGCAAGGUGAUCGGGCACGACUAAUAACGCCAACCAUAAAAUCAGAAUCAAAAGACUGCAGGUUGCGUUUCUACUACCAUAUGAAGGGAGUCGAUAUCGGUUCAUUACUGGUUUAUGUCAGAAAGAGUUAUAAUGAUUUGGCAAGCAAUAAGAUAGUGCUGAAUAUUACCGGUGAACAGGACGAUUUCUGGCGCCGUAUUGAUGUGCCAAUCUCUUCUCUGAGUGAGUUUGAAAUCGUCAUCGAAGGCGUUCGUGGAUCAUCGUAUGCUGGGGAUAUAUCCAUUGAUGAUGUUUCUCUUACUCCUGGUUGCAUAGUCUGUCCUAAAAAAUGUAACCCAAUUGAUGGAAAACCAACACCAACACCAUUCGGUCCUCACACCCGUCCUUCAAACUCCCCUUGCACCCCCACCCAGUUCGCAUGUCAAAACCUUAAAUGUGUCGAGCGGGAACAGGUUUGUGACUUCAGAGACGACUGUGGCGACAAUUCUGAUGAAAUUCCUUGUGGAACAAGCUGUACCUUCGAAGAUGAUUAUUGUUAUAAGGGUUGGAGAAAUCCCACGGGAUCAGAUAAUACGGACUGGGCUCGAACACAAGCAAUGCCUCAACAAAUCAGCACCAGCCCCAAAAUUGACCACACCACAGGAAGUGGAAAGGGUCAUUACAUGAUCUUCAAAUCAUAUCGUGGUAAAGAGGGAACAAAAGCACAGUUGAUUUCCUAUCGUUACUAUGCUUCCCAUCCACAUUGUAUGAUGUCAUUCUGGUAUUACCUGGACGGUGAAACAGUCGGGUCUCUCAGCGUCAAACUGAAGUUGGAGAAUAGACAAUACAAAGAAUUGUACAAGCUUACCAAAAGCCAAGGAAAGUCAUGGAAGAGUGCCAAUGUCUCCAUUGGACAGCAAAAAGAUUUCGAAAUCAUUUUCGAAGGUUCUUCGGGUACAUCGUAUUUGGGACUGAUCGGAUUGGAUGACAUCAAGUUUUACGACUGUUUCGCUGAUGCGUCGAGACCAUGCAAUGAAAACGAAGUGAAAUGUCAAGGAACCAACAGUCACUGCAUCAGCAGAUUCACCAGAGUUUGUGAUUUCGUGAAUGACUGUGAUCAAAAGGAUGAUGAGAAAAAUUGUGCAAAAGAACCAUACAACUGCAAUUUCGACAAAGACUUCUGUUCUUUCGAGAGCCCUGGUCCUAAUAAGUGGUCUAGGGCCAAGUCAUCUUCAACUGCAGGCACUGGGUCCGCAUCUGAUCACACCACUGGUAAAGGUUCGUUCGCUUUCAUGAAUUCGUCUAAAAUCAAGCCAUUUGAUAAAGUAACUCUUCGACUAAAAGACAAUAAUGUUGAAAUCUUCCCGCCUGGUGAUGGAGUGUGUAUCAUGAGGUUCUACUACAAGAUGUGGGGAAGUUUACACAUGGGCCAACUCCAAUUGUUUAUGGUCACGAAAGGAAAGUUAUAUGAUAUUAAGAGUGAAAUAUGGAAGACGAGAGGCGAUGCAAACAAUGACAACUGGAUAAGAAUCGAGCUUCCUCUCGACUCAACUCGAAGUUUCUCCAUCGAGUUCGUCGGGACCAUGGGGUCUGGGGAGAAGGGUGAUAUAGUCCUCGAUGACGUCAGCUUCUCACACGGAUGUACAGUCGGAGGUACCCCAGCCCCCCCGGUUACUCGUGGCCCGGACGCUUGUCCUAAGGACAUGUUCAAGUGUAAACGAAGUGGUUUGUGUUUAUCUAAGCGCUGGGUAUGUGACAGAACGAAGGAUUGCGAUGAUGGUUCGGAUGAGACAAAUUGCCAAUACACGACAUCAGUGACACCAACCGAGUUUACAUGUCCCGAAAGUUAUUAUAAGUGUAAGAAAACCCGAAUUUGCAUCCCCCGUCUUUUGCUGUGCGAUUAUCUCGUCGACUGUCCGAACUCCGACGAUGAGCAGCAAUCGUUCUGUAAAAACAGAACUGAGGAUAAUCGAGACAAAUACUUCUGUGAGGGACUCGGCCAAUUUUUGGACCCCAGCCUUAUCUGCAAUGGCCGUGAAGAUUGCAUUGAUAAAGCCGAUGAACUCAAAUGUGAUGGAUGUCCUGCUGUUACACGUUAUUGUCAAAACGGUACCACAUGUGCCACAAAUCCUGGAAAACCAGGAGCACCAACUUGCAAGUGCCCGAAAGACCGACGUGGAAAUCGUUGCCAAUUUGAUAUAGAUUGGAAACCGUGCGUUAACAACACAUUUUCAUGCCGGGAUGGCACCACCAAUUGUUUAUCAAAUACGAAGAUUUGCGACGGCAAGAAUGACUGUAACAAUAAAUUUGAUGAAAGUAAUUGCAAGACAACGCUUCCAACCGCUCGUCCAGCAGCCAGAAAACAAGCUGAGAAAAAAUCAUGGGUCGUCCCAGUCGGAGUUGUUUGUGCGAUUGUUUUAGUGGCAAUUGUUCUCAUCGCUGCUUACGUCGCUGUAAAACGAAAAAGAAAAAAAUUGACAUUAUUCUCCGUGUUUUAUGACCCCAAUAGGAACCAAGAAGGCGAUUCAUCAAAGGUCCCCCCAAGCGGUGGAGCCGUGAGUGUCUCGGAAGGAAUUGGAAAUCCAGUUUAUGACGAAGACAGACCGCUGGAAGGGUUUUCCAUGAGUGACGUUGACACAAAUAUGUUUGUAUCUGAUGAUUCGUUUACUGUUCCGAACGAAAAGGAGGGUGACGGUGGUACAUCUAUGGCUAAUCCUCUAUAUCAAGAUCCUUACUAUGGUGAAGAUUAGGGGAUAAAAGUGAAAUCUGCAGCCAUUAAACACAAAUUUGUAUUUUUUAGCAUUGAAUAAACUAAUUUUAAAAUAUGCAAUCAUCUGAAAUUGCACAAUAAUUAUAGAAUGAUUUAAGAAUUUUACAAGUAAGAAUUAUUUCAAAUACAUAUAAAAUAUUUUUAUGAAUACGUAAUGUUAAUAAUUGAACCAGCGAAUUAGCCUAUACAUGCCAUCAUAAGAUUGUAAUAAUAAGGUCUUAGUGCAAAAUAUUUUAUGAUUGUAAGUUAGUUACGCACAUGACGAAUUCCUUGUGGACUGAAUGCUUACCUUUAUAUGCUUUUUUUACUGUAAAAAAAAUUGAAAAUAAAAUCUAAAUUUCUGAGUUGUUAUAA